AUGACAUUACAGAGCUUAGAUAUGAUCGAUAACAUUCAAGGUUUAGGCAUCGAUUUCCAUUUUUUACACGAGAUCGAUCAAAUCCUUCACAUCGUUUACAAAGGAUUCAACCAAAACAAUGGAUGCUAUGACCGUGAUCUCCAUGAGGUUGCACUUUGCUUUCGAUUGCUGAGGUAUUUUCAGAAACAUCCUAGACAAGAAGAGUGGAUUCAAAACGACCUACAAAAUGAUGUGAAGGGUCUAAUAGAAUUGUAUGAAGCUUCUGAGCUCGGUGUAGAAGGCGAAGAAAUACUCGAUAGCUUGAGAGAGUGCACGUUUACGCGUCUUAAUGAACUUUGUUCGGGUCGAGAUAGUCAUGAAGAGCGGGAGAUAAUGAAUUCUUUGGCACAACCUCGCCACAAAACCUUAAGAAGAUUAACCUCCAAUAAAUUCAUAAGCAUAAUCAAAAUCGGGGGUGAAGAAGAUAAUGAAUGGUUACAAUCUCUACUGCGAGUGGCUGAGUGUGAUUCCAUCAUGCUGAAGUCGUUGAUUCGAGAAGAAAUACCUCAGGCAUUCAAAUGGUGGAGAGAGCUUGGUUUAGAUAAAGAGCUGAGGAAGGAAAGAAACUAG